UGGCAUCUGUCAUAAUUUCCCGCGCUUUACUGGAGCAGCGAUCCAGCGAGGCAUCGUUUAUAUACACAACUAUUUUAGUUCUCAUCGAGAAUAGAAUUAUAAGAAGUACGCUCCGAAAAUGUCAAGCCCUGCUCGUUCCCCUAGUGUCGGAGCUGCUACUCCAAAGCAGGGAGCUCGCACACCCACAAGAGGAAUCACUACACAGGAUGUGGAGACACCAAUGCGUAUGGGGCCAGGCAGGACUGGCGCUCGCCCCUCGGACAAUAUCAGCUUGCCGCCAACGUCGCCGGGUAAUAUUAGUUUGCCGGCUACCAGUCCGGCUCGUGGUUUGGGUGCCAACAUGAGCGAGAUCGAUCUUAGUUCCCCGCUCAACUAUGGUACCCCAAGUUCGAUGGGUUCCAUUCGCACACCGCGUUCUGGAAUUCGGGGUACUCCAUUGCGUGCGCGUCCUGACAUCCGGACGGAUAAGCGCAUCCGCCAAGUGGCCAUUGGCGGUUCCUCCGGUCUGGAACCCAUUCCCGAAAAAGGUUCGGAAACCACUGAUCCAGUUUCGGAGUCCUCACAGGCUCCUCAGCUUGUCGUCUGGGGCACCAAUGUAGUUGUGAGCCAGUGCAAAUCCAAGUUUAAAUCGUUCAUCAUGCGGUUCAUCGAUCCCAGUGCCGAGCAAGACGAGAUCUCUGAGAACAUCGAUGUGAACCAGCCGCUGUACCUGCAAAAGCUAGAGGAGAUUCACACUCUGGAGGAGCCAUAUCUAAACCUGAACUGUUCGCAUCUGAAGACUUUUGAUCAGGACCUCUACCGGCAACUUAUUUGCUACCCCCAGGAGGUGAUACCCGGCUUUGAUAUGGCUAUCAACGAAAUGUUCUUCGAGCGUUAUCCUGCCGCUCUGCUAGAGCAUCAGAUCCAAGUGCGACCCUUUAACGCGGAUAAGACGCGUAAUAUGCGCUCCUUGAAUCCGGAGGAUAUGGACCAACUUAUAAGCAUCAGCGGAAUGGUAAUUCGAUCGUCGAACGUCAUUCCUGAGAUGCGUGAAGCAUUCUUCAGCUGCAACAUUUGCUCGUUCUGCACCACCGUCGAAGUUGAUCGUGGCCGAAUCAACCAGCCUACGCUAUGCACCAACUGCAACACCAACCACUGCUUCCGGCUGAUUCAUAAUCGAUCCGAGUUCACUGACAAGCAGCUCAUCAAGCUUCAGGAGUCGCCGGAUGAUAUGGCCGCCGGCCAGACACCGCACAAUGUGCUGCUAUACGCUCAUAAUGAUCUCGUCGACAAAGUUCAGCCAGGUGAUCGUGUUACAGUCACUGGCAUCUACAGGGCGACACCGCUCAAGGGCAGCGGAAUGCAGGUGAAGAGUGUGUACAAGACUCACGUAGAUGUGGUACACUUCAGAAAAGUGGACAACAAGCGUCUAUACGAAGAGGAGGAGGGCAAAGACCACAUUUUCCCUCCGGAGCGCAUCGAACUGCUCCAAUUGCUGGCUAAAAAGCCCGAUAUUUAUGAUCGCCUCGCAAGAGCCAUUGCCCCUUCGAUUUACGAAAACGACGACAUCAAGAAGGGCAUUCUGCUGCAACUGUUUGGCGGUACCAAAAAGAAACACGCUACCCUUGGUCGCCAGAAUUUCAGAUCAGAGAUCCACCUGUUGCUGUGCGGAGAUCCUGGCACAUCCAAGUCCCAGAUGCUUCAAUACGUAUACAAUCUGGUGCCGCGUUCACAAUAUACUUCAGGUCGGGGCUCAUCUGCCGUAGGCUUAACAGCCUAUGUGACCAAGGACCCAGAGACCAGACAGCUGGUUCUGCAAACCGGUGCUCUGGUGUUGGCCGACAACGGUGUCUGCUGCAUUGACGAGUUCGACAAGAUGAAUGACUCAACCCGUAGCGUGCUCCACGAGGUGAUGGAACAGCAAACACUGAGUAUCGCUAAGGCAGGCAUCAUCUGCCAACUGAAUGCUCGCACAUCGAUCCUAGCUGCCGCAAAUCCCGCAGAGUCUCAGUGGAACAAGCGCAAAAACAUCAUCGACAAUGUUCAGCUUCCCCACACGCUGCUCUCUCGUUUCGAUUUGAUCUUCUUGGUUCUCGAUCCUCAAGAUGAGAUCUUUGAUAAACGUUUGGCCAGCCACUUGGUUUCUCUUUACUAUGUGACCCGUCACGAAGAAGAGGACACUAUGUUUGAUAUGAGUGUACUGCGCGAUUAUAUUGCCUAUGCACGUGAACAUUUGUCCCCGACCUUGUCGGACGAAGCACAGCAACGAUUGAUUCAGGCUUACGUGGACAUGCGUAAGGUGGGCGCUGGCCGUGGUCAGAUAUCAGCCUAUCCCAGGCAGCUGGAAAGUCUCAUCCGGCUUUCGGAGGCACAUGCUAAGGUGCGUCUAAGCAAUGAGGUGGAGCUUCAAGAUGUGGAGGAAGCUUGGAGGCUGCAUCGAGAAGCCUUAAAGCAGUCUGCGACGGAUCCUUUAUCGGGCAAGAUCGACGUGGGUAUCCUUACCACUGGCUUGUCCACGGCUGCCCGCAAGAAACGUGCCGAUUUGGUAGCCGCAAUCAAGGAGAAUCUAAAGAAGAAGGGCAAGGUGCCCACCGUUCCCUAUCAGAAAUUGUUCAAGGAGAUCAAGGAGGGGUCCCAGAUUCUAAUUACUCGAGAGCAGUUCGAGGAUGCUCUCAAGGAAGUGCAGGACGAAGGAGCCAUUGUUGUCAUGGGCAAAAACACCAUUCGCAUUUGUUAAUUCUAUUUAUCUCAUUUUGAACUGUUUUCUCAUCCAUUCCUAGUUUUAAGCGCAACUUCAAUUAUUUUUAUAAUAAAGUAUUUCGUCUAAUUUUCGUUUAAA